GCCAAUUCCCAAUUAAGAGACAAAACACGCCCAAUACCCAACCCAGAAGUCCUCUACAACUCCUCCUCUCUCUCUGUCUCUCUCUCUGCUAGCUUUGGUGAGGGUUAUCUAACCCUAUCUAUUAUGGAGGGAAAAGCUCUCCUUCGCUCGCUUUCUUGUUCCUCUCUUGCUUGCAACAGAUUCUUUUUCUCUAAAAGACUCCCUCGCUCUUUACCUACCUUCUCCUCCUCCUCCUCCUCCUCCUCCGGUUCUCGCAUUCUUUACCGUUCAACUUCUAGUUUCACCAGACGCUCCGCACUCCGACACCACUGGAAGCUAUUCGCUCUCGCCGCCAACGCUUCUUCUAGUUCUUAUCGCUUUAAUAAACACUUCUCCUCUCUUUCCACCGCAGCUAUCGGCACCCAUCCUGCUCAGUCCUCUCCAUAUGUUGGUAGUGUGCCGAAUGAGGUUGCUGAGAAGCUUGGCUUUGAGAAAGUAUCGGAAGAGUUCAUUGGAGAGUGUAAAUCAAAGGCUGUGUUGUUUAAACAUAAGAAAACUGGUGCUGAAGUCAUGUCGGUUUCGAAUGAUGAUGAGAAUAAAGUUUUUGGCAUUGUUUUUCGUACUCCUCCCAAGGAUUCAACCGGGAUUCCACACAUAUUGGAACACAGUGUAUUAUGUGGAUCAAGAAAGUAUCCUUUGAAGGAACCGUUUGUUGAGUUGUUGAAAGGGAGCUUGCAUACUUUUCUGAACGCAUUCACAUAUCCUGACAGGACAUGCUACCCCGUUGCUUCCACAAACACUAAAGAUUUCUACAACUUGGUUGAUGUAUACCUGGAUGCUGUCUUCUUCCCCAAGUGUGUAGAGGACUACCAGACCUUUCAACAGGAGGGUUGGCAUUUUGAGCUCAAUAAUCCUUCAGAAGAAAUAACUUAUAAAGGUGUUGUUUUGAAUGAGAUGAAGGGUGUCUACUCCCAGCCUGAUAAUAUAUUAGGGCGUACUUCUCAGCAGGCGCUCUUUCCAGACAAUACUUAUGGUGUUGAUAGUGGAGGUGAUCCAAAAGUUAUCCCUAAAUUGACGUUUGAGCAAUUUCAGGAAUUUCAUCGUAAAUAUUACCACCCCAGCAAUGCCAGAAUAUGGUUUUAUGGAGAUGAUGAUCCAGUUGAGCGUUUAUGCAUCUUGAGUGAGUAUCUAGAUAUGUUCGAUGCAAGUUCAGCACCAAAUGAGUCUAAGGUUGAGCCUCAAAAACUUUUCUCAGAACCAGUCAGAAUUGUCGAGAAAUAUCCUGCUGGUGAAGGGGGUGAUUUAAAAAAGAAGCAUAUGGUAUGCCUUAACUGGCUGCUUUCUGAUAAGCCCUUAGACUUAGAAACUGAGCUUGCUCUUGGGUUUCUAGAUCAUCUAAUGUUGGGAACGCCUGCUUCUCCCUUGAGGAAAAUCCUGCUGGAAAGUGGUCUGGGGGAUGCCAUUGUUGGUGGAGGGGUUGAAGAUGAGCUGCUUCAGCCUCAAUUUAGUAUUGGAUUGAAGGGUGUUUCUGAAGAGGACAUUCAAAAGGUAGAAGAAUUAAUCACAAGUACACUUAAGAAAUUAGCUGAGGAAGGAUUUGAGACAGAUGCUGUGGAGGCUUCCAUGAAUACAAUUGAAUUUUCUCUCAGGGAAAACAACACUGGUUCAUUUCCUCGUGGUUUGUCACUGAUGCUUCGGUCCAUGGGUAAAUGGAUAUAUGAUAAAGAUCCCUUUGAGCCUUUGAAAUAUGAGAAACCUUUGAUGGACCUGAAAGCUAGAAUAGCUGAACAAGGUUCUAAAGCUGUUUUUUCUCCUUUAAUUGAGAAAUACAUCUUGAACAAUCCUCAUCGUGUGACUGUGGAAAUGCGGCCUGAUCCAGAAAAAGCUUCUCUUGAUGAAGCUUCUGAGAAAGAGAUCUUGGAGAAAUUGAAAGCUAGUAUGACAGAAGAAGAUCUCGCAGAGCUUGCACGUGCAACACAGGAACUCAGAUUGAAGCAAGAAACUCCUGACCCUCCAGAAGCUUUAAAAACUGUUCCAUGUCUCUCCCUUCAUGACAUUCCAAAAGAACCUACCCGCAUUCCGACAGAGAUUGGAGAUAUCCAUGGCGUGAAAGUCUUGCAGCAUGACCUCUUCACUAAUGAUGUCCUUUAUGCUGAAGUUGUCUUUAAUAUGAGAUCACUGAAGCAGGAACUUCUUCCUUUGGUGCCUCUUUUCUGUCAGUCACUGCUUGAGAUGGGUACAAAAGAUUUGACCUUUGUGCAACUUAAUCAGUUGAUUGGGAGGAAAACUGGUGGAAUCUCAGUUUAUCCAUUUACAUCAUCUAUUCGGGGCCAGGAGCAACCAUGUAGCCAUAUGAUUGUUCGUGGGAAAGCUAUGGCAGGGCGUGCUGAUGAUUUAUUUAACCUGGUUAAUUGUGUACUUCAAGAAGUACAGUUUACAGACCAGCAGCGUUUUAGGCAGUUUGUUUCCCAAAGCAAAGCAAGAAUGGAGAACCGAUUAAGAGGCAGUGGCCAUGGAAUUGCAGCCGCCAGGAUGGAUGCGAAGUUAAAUGUUGCAGGUUGGAUUUCUGAACAAAUGGGUGGCCUCAGUUACCUAGAAUUUCUACAAGGCUUGGAGGAGAAAAUUGAUCAAGACUGGCCUGGAGUUUCUGCAUCUCUUGAGGAAAUUCGUGUGUCAUUGUUAUCGAGGAAUGGCUGCUUGGUAAACUUGACUUCUGAUGGGAAAAAUCUCUCGAACUCAGAAAAGUAUGUCGGCAAGUUUCUUGAUUUGCUUCCUAGCAACUCUGUCCCUGAAACAGCUGUUUGGAAUGCUCGACUGUCACCUGGAAAUGAAGCUAUUGUGAUACCUACACAGGUUAACUAUGUUGGCAAAGCUGCUAACAUUUAUGACACUGGUUAUGAGCUUAAUGGGAGUUCUUAUGUUAUUUCAAAAUACAUUAGCAAUACAUGGUUAUGGGAUCGAGUGCGUGUCAGCGGUGGUGCAUAUGGAGGAUUUUGUGACUUUGAUACUCACUCAGGAGUCUUUUCCUUCUUAUCCUAUCGAGACCCCAACUUGCUGAAGACAGUUGGUGUGUAUGAUGGAACUGGUGAUUUUCUACGUGAGUUAGAAAUGGAUGAUGACACCCUUACUAAAGCAAUUAUUGGGACCAUCGGAGAUGUGGAUGCAUACCAGCUGCCAGAUGCCAAAGGUUAUAGUAGUUUGUUGCGUUAUUUAUUGGGUAUCACAGAAGAAGAAAGACAAAAGAGAAGGGAAGAGAUAUUAUCAACCAGAUUGAAGGACUUCAAGGAUUUUGCUGAGGCAAUCGAUGCUGUUAAGAAUAAAGGGGUUCUGGUGGCUGUAGCAUCUCCAGAUGAUGUCGAGGCGGCAAACAAAGAAUGCUCUAAUUGUUUUCAAGUGAAGAAAGCCCUUUAAAACCCUCAAAGACUGCAGUUUGUACAGGCAAUUGUUU